AGGCCGGGCCGGGCGGGCCCGCCAUGACCUACCUGCACCCGCCGGGACCGCCGCGCCGCGUGCGCCGCGAUAAGCCGUCCCCCGCCCCCCGCGCCCGCCGCCUCCCCGCGCCGGCCCGCAGGCCCCGGAGGCCGGGCCCGGGGCCGAGCCGAGCCGCGUUAAGCCGGGUCGGGCCGGGCCGCCCCGCCCAGGCCCGGCCCCGCCAUCCCCCGCCGCUCCGCCGCGGGCAUCGGCCGCCGGGCGGAACCCGGGCGGAACCCCGGUGCUGCCGCUCCCGUGGGCGGCACGGCCCUUCCGGCGCGCCGCACCGCUCGCCUGGCCGGGGGCCGCGCCGAUUGGCUGGGAGGGCCCGCGAGCGCCGCUGCCAUUGGUGCGGGCGGCCGGGGGGCGGGGCCAGGGGCGGGCGCGCCGGCGCGGGCAAGAUGGCGGUGCAGGCGGUGCACCUGGAGGCGGACGCGUUCCUGGUGUGCCUGAACCACGCGCUGAGCACCGAGAAGGAGGAGGUCAUGGGGCUCUGCAUCGGAGAGGUGGACACCAGCCGGAUCGUGCACAUCCACUCCGUGAUAAUCCUGCGCCGCUCUGACAAGAGGAAGGACCGUGUGGAGAUCUCGCCCGAGCAGCUCUCAGCUGCUUCCACCGAAGCAGAGAGGUUGGCAGAGAUGACAGGACGCCCCAUGAGGGUGGUGGGCUGGUACCACUCCCACCCCCACAUCACCGUGUGGCCCUCACACGUGGAUGUCCGCACACAGGCCAUGUACCAGAUGAUGGACCAAGGCUUCGUAGGGCUCAUCUUUUCCUGCUUCAUUGAGGACAAGAACACCAAGACAGGUAGAAUUCUCUAUACUUGUUUCCAGUCUGUUCAGGCCCAGAAGAGCUCAGAAUAUGACAGGAUUGAAAUCCCCAUUCAUGUUGUGCCCCAUGAAACCAUUGGGAAGGUGUGUCUGGAGUCAGCUGUGGAGCUGCCCAAGAUCCUUUGCCAGGAAGAGCAGGAUGCCUACAGGAGAAUCCACAGCCUCACCCAUCUGGACUCUGUAACCAAGAUCCAUAAUGGCUCAGUGUUCACAAAGAACCUCUGCAGCCAAAUGUCAGCCAUCAGUGGGCCCCUGCUGCAGUGGCUCGAGGACAGACUGGAGCAGAACAAGCAGCGCAUGCAGGAGCUGCAGCAGGAGAAGGAGCAGCUGCUGGAGGAACUUGCUGCUUUAGAGUGAGGAGGAAAUGCAGACCCUUCAGGAAAGUGACACAAAAAAAUCUUCAAGAACUACUCCAGGCUGAAGGGUGGCCCCACAUUGCCUCAGUGGAGGUACUGGCUGUGCCUCCUGUCUUGCAGCAAAGAGCACAGCUCCAGGAUCAGGACUUUACCUGCCCCAGCCUGGUGCAAAGCAAUGCUGUGUCUGCAGUUGCUGCACUUCUGGCUCAGUGGUGGGGCUGGGCAGCACCUGAAGACUCCUGUUCUGGAGAGCACACACCUGUUGUUUCUCCCUCUAUGUUUUGACAGAAAUCCUACUGCUUUACAUGUAUUCCAGGAGCCUGGAACAGGAGGGUUAGAGGGGAAGAGUGUGUCCCUGCUGUCCUAUCUCAUGCUGCCAACUUCUGCCUUCUCUUAGUAGCUUCAGUUGACCAUGAUCUUAUAUCUAGUAAUGUUCUGGAUCACUGGUCAUUCCCCCAGGCAGGCAGGAGGUGGGAGGGAAGCUUGGGAACAGACCUGGAAGAUCUUUGACAUAGGAUCUGUGUUCAGCAUAUGUCAAACCAAAUAAACAAUUCCAAAGCUAGAGCUGUUGGGAGUAAAAAUGAAAUGAAUGCUA